CUUAAACUUCAAUGGACAUUUCGGACUUUCAUCAAAAAAUUCUAUUCGCUGAAAUUAUGACUUUAGUCAUAAUUUCAUUAUUUUGGCUUACCUACGUAUGCAGGUAAACCAAGAUAAUCUCCUCAUAUGUACAUGCAGGGUCUUCGGAGGUUUAUUGUAUGUGUAUAAAUUUAAAAAAACGAUGCAUAUUAUACUACAUUCAUCUACAAUUUACCAUUAAUGCGACACAAACUCUCAUCCUCCAUUAUUUUUUGUUAAAAUUAGCUUAAUGCAAACUUUCCUCCUCUGUAAUAUGACCAGCGUGUUCCGAUAAGAAUGAACGGUUGCCAUGGCAACACAGAAACUUAGCCAUGGCGUCUCUGUUGACAGACCCGCUGUUUGAAAUCUCUGGACGCGGUCCACCACCAGACAAAACUUUUUACUACUUAGCCGUCACAAAGUCUCUUGUGAUAUGGAGAUGGUGGAAGAUAUCUCUGAGAGCUGUGGACAGACAUACCAGGCCCGGAGAGCUUAAGGAGUCUCACCAGGACUUCUUGGAUGACAUGCAGUGUCAGAGUGAGGUCAGUAUGGUUUUCAGUCCUCAAAUCUUGCAGUACGCCAAAACUCUAUGUGAAGGCCAUUUUGAUUAUCUGGAGCGGCUCCCUGACUGUCUACUCCUGCAUAUAAUAAGUUAUCUACAACUUGAGGAUGUGCGCCAACUUGGACUAACUUCCCACAAGUUCAGGCAGCUAUGCAGGUCAGAGAGGUUUUGGGAGCAGGCAGUUCGCCAGCACUGCAACACAGUUUCAGCUGAAGUGGCAUCUUUGGCAGUUGAGAUUGGAUGGCGUUGCAUCUUCUUCACCAGAAAGCUUCAGUUGCAGAAGUUGCUCAGUCGCAGAAGGCUGAAGUCUAAGGAGCAACAGGAAGGACAGGUUUCUGACCCUGAUACAAAGGUGCAGGAAUCUCUUGAUGAAAGCUCAGAGGAAGACCAGAUAUCCGGUCCUGAGCUAGAUUCUCAGCUUGGCAUUAUCCCUGAUCCAGGCCUUGGCACCCAGACUGGCACUGGCUUCGACACCAGCUCUUGCUGUAAUGCUGAUCCUGGCUCUUGCCCUGAACCUGAGGAUGACUCUGAAUUCAGCUCUCCCUUUUCUGGUCAGUUGGUCCAGGACAUGAAGAUGUGUGUGGAGGAAAUGCAGGGUCCAAAUGAUGCUCUGAGUGGUGGAGGAGGAGCCUACAGUGCAGAGCCAAACAAGGCAGAGAGUUAAUGCUACACUAAUUUACUAUUUAUACACAUUCCUAACUUAGAUGAGCUGUGCAGUGGUUAUCAGAGUAAUUUUAACUUUAAUUUGCCAAAUAUAAUUUUCUGGAGAUGUGUCAUAUAGUUUCUGAUUUAUUAAUCCUUGACAUGAUUUGGGUUUGAUGUAGGGCUGUCAUUAUUAAUCGAGAUAAAUUUAAAGUCCUUCAUUAGUGGGUAAUAAAAAAGAGAUUAUUUGCAUGCUCUGUUGUCCCUUUCAGCAAGCCACUGCUACAUCUCCCUGCAGCCACAGUGUAAAAUAAGUCCCCCACUUCUCCUUAAUGCCUCAUUUCACUUAAAAAAGUGACAUCUACCUUUAAUGUUGCAUUAUUUUCUUUUCAAUGUAUAACACUUCACCUUUAAGUCAUAAUCUUUGAUCAACCCAAUGUUCCUUAUUUUCUUUCAUAAUAAAAGCAGGUAUGUAUCCAAAAAAGGAGUAAAUAACCCUUAGUUUAAGACAGUGAAAAAUCCAAAGUGAGAAAAAACAUUGUAAAAUGCAAAAUAGUGCAAAAUGCUUCAAAAAGGGGAGAUUAAUUGCAAUUAACAAAAGAAAUAUUGAGAUGAAUCACGAUUAAAAAUGUAAUCCUUUGACAG